AUGAUGUCGACCCAUCGCCGCCCACCACCGGCCCACGACCGCACAGGCGACUUUCGCUCCCUCGUCGACGCCGCAUCCUCGUCCUCGUCAUCCUCGUCGUCCUCGUCCUCGUCCUACCCGCCACCCUCGAAGCGACUCCAACGCAGCGACCCCCCUCCCAACGUCGUCCGUGCGCAUCAGCAGUGGCUGGCGCAGGCCUACACCAUCCGCAGGCACAUCGUCUCCCUCCUCGCCUUCCUCUACUCGAUACGCAGGCAGUACCUCGCCCUCCCCUCGUCCGCCUCCAAGCACCACCGCCCACGCACGCCCCUCGCCCCAGGUCAGCCCGGCAGCGACGGCGAUGGCGAUGCCGCACAGCAGGCGGAUCGCAGCUCGCCCUUUGCCAUGUGGACCGCUUUCCAGGGACCCCUCACCGAACGACAGAGGGACGAAAUCGACUUUCAGGUAAAGGUCGUCGUCAAGCGCUGCCUCGAAAGCAUACGCGAGCUCGAACUCGCAGAGGAAGCGCGCAAAAAGACGGCGCCGACCGAGCCCACGGCUCUUUCGCCGCUCCACACGCUCCUCUCGCUCUCGACGCCGCGCGACUCGGCAUCCUCGAUCCUCGCGUCGUCCAUCAUCUCUGCCCACCGCGCUUCCGUCACCCACUACCUCUCGACGCUCCUCUCGCGCGCCUCGUCGCUCCAGAGCGACAUGCAGGAGCUUCGCCUCAAGGCCCAGCGCGAAAAGAGCCGCUCCCUGGCCAACUCGCGCGCCAUCCUGUCGCACCAAAACGCCGGCGCAGACGGCGGCUCAGCUUCGACCUCGACCUCGGCCGCACCGGCCCCGGUCAAGGGCAGUGUCGGCGGCUCGUUUGACCCGUCGCUCGAGUCCGAGUCGUCGCUCGUGGGCCGCGACAUUUCGACGCAGCUGUCGGCGACGCAGAUCGAGAUGUUUGAAAACGAGUCGUCGCAGCUCGUCAAAUCGCUCGAGUCGGACCUGGCCGCCAUCCAAAAGGCAGAGAGCAGGUUGUACGAGAUCAGCGAUCUCCAGACCCAGGUGGCGCAGCAGCUCGAACAGCAGGGCGAGGUCACCGACCGCCUCCUCGACGAGGCCAUCGGCGUCGGCACCGAGGUGGGCAAGGGAAACGAGCAGCUCGAAAAGGCGAGGCAGCGGAGCAGGGAGGCCGACAAGAUGCUCAGCGUCUUUCUCGUCGGUAGCGGCCUCGCACUUCUCUUUUUGCACUGGAUGGACUGA